GUUCACACAUCACCAAAAUAACAUCUAAAGCCACAAUCCAUUCCCAUACCACACAAAGUACCCCUACAUACAUACCAUCGAGUUAAUUAUCAAGAGUAGUUUGUGUGAAGAGUGAGUGACUGAGGAGAAAAAUGGCCUCCACUGCAUGUUUCCUGCACCACCAUGCCCUCACCACUCCCACUAGAUCAUCAUCAUCCUCAUCACAGCGCCAAGUGCCAAGCUUCAAGCCCACCCAGCUAGUCUGCCGGGCACAGAAGCAGGAGGUCCAUGGAGACGAUACCAACGCUGUCUCUCGCCGCUUGGCUCUCACAGUCCUAAUUGGUGCUGCUUCCUUAGGAUCCAAGGUUUCCCCUGCCGAUGCAGCCUACGGUGAAGCUGCCAAUGUAUUCGGAAAGCCAAAGGAAAACACAGAUUUCUUGCCAUACAAUGGAGAUGGGUUCAAGCUGUCCAUCCCCGCAAAGUGGAACCCCAGCAAAGAGGUAGAAUUCCCAGGACAGGUGCUUAGAUACGAGGAUAACUUCGAUUCCAACAGCAACGUUGGUGUUAUGGUCACUCCAACAGACAAGAAAAGCAUCACAGACUUUGGUACACCCGAAGAGUUUCUCUCCAAGGUGGAUUACUUGCUCGGGAAACAAGCCUACUCCGGAAAAACUUCCUCGGAGGGUGGUUUUGACAAUGAUGCAGUGGCAACGGCAAACAUAUUGGAGAGUGCAACUCCGGUGAUCGGAGGAAAACAAUAUUACUUCUUGUCUGUGUUGACAAGGACUGCUGAUGGGGAUGAAGGUGGGAAGCACCAACUCAUUACUGCUGCUGUUAAAGAUGGUAAGCUUUACAUUUGCAAGGCACAAGCUGGAGACAAGAGGUGGUUUAAGGGAGCAAGAAAGUUUGUGGAAAGCACUGCUAGUUCUUUCAGUGUUGCCUAAGAACUAAGAGAGAUACUGGACUGUAUAUGCGAAUCACCUUAAGAUUAUGAUGUUUAUUUUGAGUUGUCUAUCACUUUAUUUUUCAAAGGGCUAUUAAUAUUAUCAUAAUUAAAUGACUCA